AUGGAUGAAUGUAAAUCUGACAUCAGUGACUGCGAUGUGAAUGCAAGUUGCACUAACACGGACGGUUCUUACAAAUGCAAAUGUAAACCAGGAUACACUGGUGAUGGACACUCUUGUUCAGGUACUUAUACCUUCAUCUUCAAAGAUGACCUGAUUUAUUUUGCUUCCAGUAGCUGUUUUAGCUAUUUUUUCUGUUAAUCGUGUCAAAAUAAUGAUUACAGAAAUAAAGUAGUAAUGAUAUUACUGAUGUAUUGACGAAUGCAGCGAUUCAUUUAGAUUAGUUACUUCUAGUAUUUGCAUUGGAGGAAAUAAAUUUGCCAAACAGACUCAUGUAAAAAAUAUGCUGUGCCAAUAUUUCUCAGUGUAACGAUAAUCUGCAGGUUUAUGACAUGUAUGUGACGUAAACUAAGCAUUUUUUUCUUUGAAAUCAUUUCUAUCACACUAUUAUCUCACAACAUCACCGUUAUCAUCUUCAUCGCCACCUUUAACAUUACUAUGAUUACCAUCAAUCAUCACCAUCAUCAUGGUCAUCGGCUUUAGCGUUGUAACUCUUCAAGAUAUCGAUGAAUGUAACAAUGGAAACCAUUCGUGUGAUGUGAAUGCAAACUGUGAAAACACGAAUGGCUCUCACAACAUCUGUAAGGAAGGAUACAUUGGGGAUGGAAAAUCGUGCCAAGGUAUAUAGAAAUAGUUUUCGCGACAACGCAGGAAUAGUCAGCCAUGGUCUUUGUACCUGGAUCACCACUUCGCUCAUUUAAUCGUGAAUUGUGUGGCACCUCUCCACUAUAAUAAUUGUUAUGAAAAACACAUACAACAGUUAUUUAUUCUCACUAAUUCUCAUAAUUGUACCGGUAAGGAAGGAUAAACGAGAAACAGACAAUCAUAUUAAGGUACAGAAGAUGAGCCUUUCAAACAGCUAAUUUUAGGAUGUCAAUUCUGUGUUUUUUAGCCACAUCCUAUCAUCCCUACAAGCGUCAGCCAAUACAAUUCUUUACAUUUUUGCAUGUCAUGCGCCCGUUUGUAUGCAUGGAGGCAAAAUGAUAAAAUGUAAACUUUAUUUAUGGUUUUCCAGAUAUGAACGAAUGUAAAAGAAACCAACCUUGCGACGUGAAUGCGAUCUGCACAAACACCGAAGGAUCGUAUGUUUCUACUUGUCACCCUGGAUAUACUGGAAAUGGACUCAGUUGUACAGAUACGUGAUGUUUUCCUUUGGUUCCUUUAAACGUAAACGAGACUGUCGCCUUUUCUUGGCAUGUCCUUUAUCAGCAACAAACAAUAACCCUUAAUAUGAUCGCGAUAAUGACAC